AAAUAUUUCUCCUAACGCCAUUUUGAACGCCGCGUGCAGGAUGAACAUUUAACAGCUAGGAACCCCAAUCAGAAGCAGAAUGGGGAGGAGGGUGAAGUAGAAAGCCAAGAGAGCGAGCAAGUAGCAACGUUCUAAUCGCAUCUUUAAGGGCCCGAGGAGAGGGCUCUGUGGUCUCUGCGGAGUUUCCUGCGACCGGAGGAUAAUUUUCGCUAGGGUUUCGCUUCAUACCAAGCUUAAAAUGGAAGACUCAAACGAGCCGAUGAAGACGGAGCUGAAAGAGCAAAAGAAAAUGGUGAAGAAAGAUUGUAAGAAGGAGAAUGAAUCGGAUAAGAGCCAACAAAACGUAUCAAGGUUUUUGAACCGAAAAACCAUGAAUUGUAGAUGUCGUCCAUCUGCAGUUAGAUAUGUUCUUGAUAAGGUUUGGCCUACAAUUUCUGAGGAGACAUGGAAUAAUUUAAAAGCAAUUAAUAUGGUUCAGUUUUUUGAACUCCCUCCAUAUCGUCAAAAUCAUAUCCUAACUAUGCACAUAUUGAAUUGUUGGGAUAUUGAUCGAAUAGUAUUCAAUAUGGGCGGGAAAGAGCUGAGAUUUGAUUCAGAUCAAGUUGCCUUACUCAUAGGCAUGCCCAACAGAGGAUCACCAGCUAAAUGGAAUAAAGUUCCCUCCUGUGGCGUGGAUGCCAGACAAAUAAAAAGUGACCUAUUGAAGGUUGCACUAGGGGAGUCUUCUAUUCCCUUUGACGAUCUAUUUCUUAAGUUUUUAUUGUCAAAUUUAUUUUUUCCUUCAAGCAAUUUUAGUGUGGCCAAAGGUCUUUACACAAUCUGUGAGAAUUUACAUGAUUUUUCUUCAUUUAAUUGGCCUGCUACAAUAUGUGAAUAUCUCAUUGAGCAAGUCACUGCCUGUUCCAUUAAAAUAAAGAAGAACCAACCAUUGGGAUACAUGAAUGGUUUUGUUUUUCUUCUGACGCUCUGGUUUUAUGAGCACACAUCUUUGGUGGUCCCCAUUGCUCCUGAGGCCAGACCUCGCAUGUUGAGGUGGCCUAUAAGUCUGAGCUGGAACUCAUCACAUAUUCAUACCGUCUUUAAGAGGCUAAACCCUACACAAAUUUUUGAUUUUUUUGUGGAUUUAAAAGAGGAUGAGCAUCAUUUACUAGCUCUUCCAGUUGAAGGAUCAUCCAGUCAUAUGAUCAGAAUCCCACAACAGGAAACUCACUCCAUACCGCAUUCGCCCGAUUCUUUUGAUGUUAAUCCUAUUGUUCCAUAUCACAUCAGCCCGCAACGAACACAUACACAUACGGACAAUAAUAUUAGAUUAGAAGAAAUAUAUUAUAUACUUAGAGAUCAACAAAAAUUUCUUUUUGACUUUCAAGAAUCUGUGAAUAGCCAUUUUACUAAUUUAGAUAGCAAAAUGUUAAAGUUGCAGUCUCAAGUGAAUAAAUUAGAGAAAGAAAAAAAUAAAACUGAAGGUAAAUUUGCAAUAAAAAAGGUACAUGAAUCUUCAAUUGAUAGUUUGAUCCAAAGGGUUAAGGUCAGAGUAAAUAGAAAAAAGAGGAAAUUAAGUACCCCAUAUACAGUAGUACCACAGAAGAAAAGUAAACCAAUAAAGGAAGUGGAGGAGCAUUCCAAAUGUUCAUUAGAUGUUUUAAUUGCACAGUUUGAAAAAUCAGAAAAAAUAAUGGAGGAGUCUGUUUCACAAGAACCAAUAAUAACUGACUCACUACAGCCAAUUACAAAACAACUCAUGACAGAUCUUGAAGAUAUAAAUAAAGAGGUUGAGGAGAAAGAACAAUACAUUACAGAAGCCCAAGAUGUAAAUACAGAGGAAGAGGAGCAAAAUCAAGUUAGGGCAAAGGCUCGAGAUGUACAUAUAGAGGAAGAGGAGCAAAAACUGCUCAUUUCAGAACAUCAAGAUGCAAAUAAAGAGCAUGAGGAGCAAGACUCAAUCCCAGAAAAUGAAGAUGAAUAUCUUGAUAAGGAUUAUCAAGAAAUGAAAAGAUCAUUCCCAUGGGAAGAAGCAGUCACCAUAUCAUUGAUAGACUCUUCAGAUUCAGAUUCAGAUUCUGUGGAAGAUAAGCAAGAUAGAGCAAAGCGUAACAAGAAGGAUUGUUCCUCUGAAAACCUGGAAAAUAUUACAUCAGAGGGUACACUGAUCCGAUUGGCAGGAAUGUAUCAGGAGCACAUGAAACGCAUACCCAUCCCUACUUUCAGUGGUUCUGUUGUUCCCUUCACAUCCUGGCAAGGUUUGGCUAAAUCCCUGAAGCAGCUGUAUGGACAACCAUUGCACUAUCUUACAAACACCCUACUGAAACAGUGGGAUAGCGAAAGGUUAGGGAGUGAUAAUGAGCAGCAGCCGCUUGAUACCGUAGUACAUCCUGUAAAGGCUCAGACCCUCGUCUGGCUGACCGAAGAACUCCACAGGCUCACUGCUUCUCCAAUCCAUUUAGCCAAACUGUGGGCUUCUGAUCCUAUGUACCAUUCCCACAUUGAUCCCUUUCUGUCCUACUGAUUUCUGUUAAUGUUUCAAGGCCGCAGCUUUCUUCAAUAUCCACUUCCAGUAUGUGAGUAUGGUUUCUGAUGGCUUCAUUAGUUUAUUAAGAGAGUUAUUGUCUUUUUAGUGUGAUAUGUCAUCCCAAUCUCAUGUUCUUUGAAUUUUAUUGCUUGAGUAGGAUUUAAGCCUUAGAUUGCUGAGAAGCUUAGUUUUUGGUGUUGUUGGGCUGUAGAGGAAUUAGUGUGGGUAAUUGCUAUAAUUAUCUAAAAGUCUGCAAAUUGACUUGCCUUUAUCUCA